CAUGCUAAACAUAAAAGGUACCUGAUGUUAGAUGCUCAGUCCACCAAAAAUGGAAAAGGUUAUUCUUAGUUUUAGACCAUUACUAAUGAAACGAUUGUUAUUCCCUUUUUAUUCAGACACACAUAUUCAAAGUUUGAUUACAGUGGUGAAUAAAGGUUAGUGAUCUAUUCUGACAACCAUACAAUGCAACGUGCCAACGAAUUACAUCCUUAUUAUUGGUUAAAUUAAACCUUUUCGCCGCUGGUUGUAUCAAUAUACUUUACAGUGCGUGUCCAAUAAGUGUGUGUUUCGAGCGGGGUGUUUGUUUUUGUUUUUAAGUCUUUUAUUUUGAAACGGUUGACCGGAAGUCUCGCGGAGGUGACUCGGGACCUCGAUGAAGCGCGGAUUUCGCAACGGAAAAUGAGCGACUCCCGCCACCUGGGACCUGUGACCUGACACCGAGGCCCCCGGGCGGCGUGGGGUGGUCGGGGGGGGGCGUGACGUCACGUCAGCCCGCCACGAGAACGCGCAACAAGUCUGCUUCACCAUGUGACUCUGUUUCACUUCUCCACAGUUCUUCUCUCUGAGGUCGGUUCCUGAAAACGCCCGUUGUUUACCGGGGGGACUUGAACGCCGCUUCUCGGUACUUUCGCACCGGUGACUGCGUGACGAGUCCCGUGUGAACAGCUGACUCACCGACCGAAGGAAAGGGGAGGAGGAGGGGGGGGGGGGGAGCCGCACCGGGUCACCGCGGUGUUUUGGUAGAUCCUCCAUGGGUUGAACCCCGCGCGCACACGGUCCGAAGAUGAUCGGGUCACCGGACCUGCUGGCCUUCACCGGGACCGAGGGGUUCGGGGAAGGAGAGGAGGACCAAGAGGGUCUGCCGGAGGAGCUCUCCGUCCCCCGGUUCCCUCCGUCCAACCCCUGGACCUCCGCCGCCCUGUUUCACAGGGACUUCAUACUGGUGGCGGAAUUCUCAGAGCAGGUGGGACCCAGACCCGUGCUGACGAUACCGGACGCCCCCGGGGUCGUCGGGUCGUUCGACCUCAACCACUUCUCCGUCCGCAUCAUGUCCGUGGACUACCAGGCGUCGGGCCCCUGCCAGGCGGCCCCCGGGCCCCGCCUCAACUUCAGCGAGGACUCCAAAGUGGUGCUGGGAGACUCGGCGGAGGACGCGUUCGCCUACGUCCACCACGUGACCCUGUACGACCUGGAGGCCCGCGGCAUGGUGCGUCCCUUCUGCAUGGCGUACGUGUGCUCGGACCAGGCGAAGCUCACGGAGAACCUGUGCGAGCUGUCGAGCGGCUUCGCCAGGGCCUCCGAGAGCCUCAAGACGGGGAACCGGCAGGCGUUUGCCGCGGAGCUGCAGAGCCGACUGCAGGAGCUCGAGUACACACGGUCGACUCUGCUCCAGGAGGCAGGAGCUCCGACGGCGCCCGGCGGCCCCGCGGAGGAGGGAGAAAAAGCGGAGGAGGGGGAAAAGGCGGAGGAGGGAGAAAAGGCGGAGGAGCUCGACGCCGUGGAGCGCUCAAUCUCACAGCAUCGCGACCUCCUGCGCCAGGUCACUUCCUACCCAAACAGGAAGCUGAAACAGCCCGACUUCCUGCCCUACGACCCCGCCGACCCCCUCACCGACCCGGCUGCGUUGUUGGCCCCCGAGCGCUCCUCCACCAACUCCACCUCCUCCUCCUCCUGCAGGUCCGAGCGCCGCCUGAAGCCCCUGGAGGAGCUCUGCAACGACUACUUCCUGACGCUGAUGAAGGGGCAGCUCGCCGCCGCCGAGCGCCGCCUGCGCGGCGACCGGAGCGCGCUGCGGACCAGCCGCGUCACGCGGCCGAUGGCCAGGAGGGUCACGCUCACCAACUUCCUGUUUGAGUUGUGGACGCCGGAGGACGGAGACGAGGAGGAGGAGGAGGCGGCGGAGGCGGAGGAGGGGAGAGAGAGCGGCGGGGCGGUGGCGUCGAGGGAGGCGCGCGCGCUUCUAUCGGAACCGACGGGCCCGGAGUCCUUCUGCUCCUGCGUGGAGGAGAUCCCCAUCAAACUGGAGGCCGGGCGAGCGACCCCUGACCCCGCCGUCGCCCCGGAGAUGACGGGGAGCGCGAGCAGCGGCGACAGCAUCGAAGUGCUCGGGACCGAGAGGUCCUACCGGACGCAGCGCGGGUCCGAGAGCGGAGAAACACCAGGCGGCGGCGGGUCGACGGACGCCGCUCAGCGCCGAGCCUCUGCGGACUGCGGCGCCCGGGGGGGGGCGCGGGCGUGCGCCAGGCGAGCCGACAGCGAGGACAGCAUCGAGGUGCUGAGCACCACCGGCUCCAUCUUUCCCGACGACCUCACCGCCAUCACGGAGGAGGAGGCGGCGGCGGCGGAGCCCCGGCCCCUCAGCAACGGCCUCGAGCGCGAGGAGGAGGAGGAGCGGGAGGAGGAGGCCGUCAAGCCAGAAACGGUUACAAUGAGGAAGGCGAAGGCCACCGGAUGCAGGAAGAGCGACGGAAGCCCCGAGAAGACGUCCAAGCCGCCGCAGGCGCCCGACCUUCACGUGCACUUCAGCGCCCCCGCCGCCGAGGCCCCGCCCGGCGCCCCCCUCCGGCUGCUGAGCGUCGACGAGGGCUCCGACUGCUCCCACGACCCGCUCUCUAACCCGCGCACGGCCCACGCCGGCGCCCGCUCGGAUCAGGGAAGGUGGAGGGGGAGGAGGAGGAGGAGGAGGAGGAGGAAGGCGGCACUCCGCGCCCUGCGGUUCCUCAAGCAGAACUCCUUCUCCCAGCACGCCGUGUUCUGCCUGCUGAGCGGCCGGCCGCUGGUGGUCGUCGGCGGCGACGAGAGCUCGGUGAGGAAGCUGGUGGAGGCUCUGAGCCUCUUCCUGCCGGACCCCGGGCCCGACGGCGCCGCCGUGAUGCCGGGCCUGACGGCACCGCUGCAGCUCAGCGACCUGCUCGCCUGGAGGCUCGUGGGAAUCCACAGGUCGCCCUCGGGCUCCUCGGCCGACGCCCUCCGCUCCGUGGCGCGCUACGGCCGCUACCUGGCGCUGUUGGACCUGGACCAGAGGACGCUGCUCGCCCCGUCGUACUCCGGCUGCCUCGUCGGCAGGCUGGCGGACCCCGGCGCCGGCAUCAGCCGCGGCGACACCUACCUGCUGCACCUGGAGAGCUGCCUGACCGCGCUGGCCAACCGGGCCCUGCUGCGCGCAGGGGGCGGGGUCUCGGAGCGGGACGCCCCGCCCCCCGCGCCGGCAGCUUGCAGCAGCGAGUGCGACUCGAGGGUGAUGCGUUUCCUGUGUGACCUCAUUGCGCGGCGCCACGCGGGACGUGGGCCGCCGGUUUUGAGCAUCUCCUACGAGCCGGUGCACCUGCACAGAAACACGCACGCGGCGUGACGCCGGAGGGACGGCGAACUGACGACCAGGAGACACCUGCAGCGUCUGACUUACACUGACUUAUUUAUGUGUUCGCAUCACCGGACACAAAUGCACUCGUACCUCAAUCGAUGAAGGACUUUUUGCUUUUUAUUUGAAGUGUGCUUUUGAAAUGAAGGCUUAGCGACUGUUACUGACCCCGAUGCUGCUAGUAAUACACGGACUGUUGAUUUUUCCCUUUUUUACAAACAGACCCGACUGUAAUCUGUUGUUUUAACGUUUUAACCGGCAUGGGGGAGAGAGGCGGGUUCUCUCUGCAACGGGUUGUUGGUUCAACGCCCGUCAGCCGAGGUUUGAACAAUCUGGAGACGGUUUGUUGAAGGUUAACUGAAGCAUGAAAGAAGUUAAACUGUAGCUGAUAACAACGACGUCAAGUUUCAUGUUAUCGAUUUGCUUGAUUGAUGCAAAUGUGAGCCGAGUUUAACGUGUGUAUUUUCUCUGGACUUUUGAAUUGAGCAACACAAGCAAUAAAAGCUUUAAAGUACCAAGUGACUUUUUCUCGUCUCAAUGAUCCGACCAGGCUUCCGAUUGAAAUCUCCCUGCACUGUUCCACCACACACCUGUUGAUGCUUUUGAAUCCAACCUCAAUUCUCAUAGAUUCUCAGGCUGGAAUCCACAACCGUUCCAUACCGUUAUAACAGAAUUGCAGGUCAAGUAAAGUCAUGUAAUGGCAUUUCUAAUA